UGUAUUUCACGUUUUAAGUCUUCGGUUAAUAACAGAAAAUGAGUAAAGAAAUUGUCGAAUUAAUUUACCCAGGUCCCAAUCCAAUCCCAAUUGCUAAUCAGAGUGAAACCCUUCUUUAAUUUCCCAUUUUAUGGAGGUUGCUUCACAGCUACAAAAACCAGGGAAUCUUAUUCAGAAUCUUAAACUCACCGCUCCGCGUUUCUUCCAGAAGCACAACUCAGAAUAAGGAAACAAAAAUCGAACCAGAAACAAAGGGAAAAAAAAUAAAACAUGAAGAUUGUUCGUAGAGCCAUCGAUCACGACGGCCGUGGAAGCGUGAAGAUGAUUCCAGAAGAAGCAGAUGAUUUGUGGGUUACUUAUAAUUUGAUUGUUCAGGGUGACACUGUCAUGGCUGUUACAGUCAGGAAGGUUUUGAGAGAAGCUGCUUCGGGAGGAAGGGAUGCAGAAAGAGUGAAACUGAAACUAGAAAUCAAAGUUGAGGCUGUUGAGUAUGACCAAGAAGGAUCUGUGUUACGCAUACGUGGGAAGAACAUUUUGGAGAACGAACAUGUUAAGAUAGGGGCAUUUCACACUCUAGAAAUCGAGCUCCACCGCCCUUUUGUGUUAAGGAAGGAUUUAUGGGACUCGUUGGCAUUGGAUGGGCUCCAUCAAUCCUCUGAUCCGAAAGCAAGUGCUGACCUGGCUGUCGUUCUGAUGCAAGAGGGCCUGGCCACUAUUUUGCUCGUUGGUAAAAGUGUGACGACUACUCGUGCACGUAUAGAGACUUCGAUACCUCGCAAGCAUGGAGCUUCUAUUGCUGGCUAUGAUAAAGCCUUGAAUAAGUUUUUCGACAAUGUCGUACAGGCGUUUCUGAAACAUAUUGAUUUCAACAUUGUACGUUGUGCCGUGAUUGCAAGUCCAGGAUUUACUAAGGAACAAUUUCACAAGCACUUAUUGUUGGAGGCAGAAAGGAAACAGUUGAGACCUAUUAUUGAGAAUAAAUCACGUAUAGUUCUUGUCCAUUGUACCUCGGGUUACAAGCACAGUUUGAGAGAGGUUUUGGAUGCUCCAAAUGUGAUGAACAUGGUUAAAGAUACAAAGGCUGCUCAAGAGGUUCGAGCACUCAAGGAUUUCUUUGCCAUGCUUUCUGAUGAUCCAACUCGAGCAUGCUACGGAUCGAAGCACGUUGAAUUUGCCCAUGAUCGAAUGGCUAUCCAAACACUUCUCAUUACCGACGAGCUAUUCAGGAGCGCUGACGUGGCAGCUAGGAAAAAGUACGUAAACUUGAUCGAUUCAGUAAAGUCUUCAGGUGGCACUGCCCACAUCUUCUCGUCUAUGCAUGUCUCAGGCGAACAAUUAGCGCAGUUGACUGGUAUAGCAGCGAUUCUUCGUUUUCCGCUGCCAGAUCUCGAUGACAUUGAAAUGUAACUGCUUGUGAUGUAGAAGCUGCUCAUUGAAAAAUCAAGUUUUCUGCUUUUAUAUAUUAAUUGUUGUACGAUGAGAAAAGGCACAGAAUAAACUUGUAGAAAUAAUAGUGUUUGUUUCAUAUAAUAAACCACAGGGCUUUUUCUUCUUCUU